AUGACACAAACAGAAUCCCACAACCACGCGGAUACUCUCCAUCUUCCCCGCAUUCUUUGUCUACACGGCGGCGGCGUCAACGCAGAAGUCUUUGAACUACAAUGUCGCGUUCUCAUCAGGCAUCUGAGCUCUUCCCUGCGUCUUGUAUUUAUGCAAGCCCCGUUCAUCUCAGCGCCUCAUCCGGACAUCGUCAGCGUUUACGGUGAAUACGGGCCCUUUCGGCGCUGGCUCCGAUGGCAGCCCGACCAUGAAGAGAUUGAGCCCGAGGCUGCCGCCGACUUGAUCCGGAACGAGACCCGCCGAGCCAUGGAGACUGAUCCCGGGACCGGAGAGUGGGUCGGCAUUCUCGGCUUCUCCCAAGGUGCAAAGAUCGCAGCGAGCUUACUAUGGACGCAGCAACAGAUCACCGAGAAAUUUGGACCAGAGGAAGCCUUGACUCAAUUCAAGUUUGGUGUUCUCAUAGCUGGAAGAGCACCUCUCAUCACACUGGACCACCGACUGAAACAUCCACCACCAAUUGUUCACGCGGCACUGUUGAGCUCGGAGUUUACAGAUUGGCCUGAGUCGAACAAGGGUGAACAUGUCUUGAGCAUACCAACAUUGCAUGUCCAUGGGCUUCGUGAUGCUGGCAUGGAGCAGCACAGGAUCCUCUUGAACAAUUACUGCGAGACUGGCACAACAACCUUGAUUGAAUGGGACGGUGGGCAUCGGAUACCAAUCAAGAGCCAUGAUGUAGGGGCCGUGGUACAUGAGAUGUUGAGGCUCGCCAAGGAUGCUGGAGUGCAGUUGCCCAACUGA